GCGUCCAUCAACUUUCCACUCCCCACCGACUUCCCUCCCUUAUUCUUUUCGAUCUUGCGAAACAUCACAACCCGUAACACACUACAACAACCAAUUGUACAAACAUGACGUCCAGACCGGAAAUGCGGGAGGAGGACGAAGGGGGUUUCUGCAAGUUCUUCCGAGGCCUGCCAGACAAGAACGAGGACACAAUGCGGAUAUUCGACCGAGGCGACUACUACAGCGCUCACGGAGACGAUGCAAAGUUCAUUGCGACCACAGUGUACAAGACAACAGCAGUCAUACGGCAGCUGGGACGGGAGCCAUGUCUUGAAUCCGUGACGAUGACAACGAUGGUGUUCCGGAAUUUCCUGCGAGACGCGCUGUUUCGAUUGAGCAAGCGGGUGGAAAUAUGGCAGUCGACGGGGAAGCGGAUGGACUGGAAGGUGGUCAAACAGGCUUCACCGGGCAAUCUGCAAGACCUGGAAGACGAGCUCGGCGGACAAAUCGAGAAUGCGCCUAUUAUCCUCGCUGUAAAGGUCUCGGCCAAGGCGUCCGAGGCACGGAAUGUGGGCGUUUGCUUCGCUGAUGCGAGCGUGCGGGAACUCGGCGUCACGGAAUUCCUCGACAACGAUCUCUACUCGAACUUCGAAUCCCUGCUUAUUCAGCUCGGCGUAAAGGAGUGCCUCAUACAAGUGGAUGCGACAAAGAAGGACGUCGAGCUCGGCAAGUUGCGGACGAUUGCAGACAACUGCGGCUGCGCGGUAGCAGAGCGAGGAGCAGCAGACUUUGGUAUCAAGGACAUUGAGCAGGAUCUCCCACGAUUACUAAAAGAAGAGCGCGCGGCUGGCACAUUGCCUCUGACAGAUCAGAAAUUGGCGAUGGGCGCGGCUGCUUGCUUGAUCAAGUACUUGGGCGUCAUGACCGACUCUUCGAAUUUUGGCCAGUACCAGCUAUACCAACACGACUUGUCGCAGUACAUGAAGCUCGAUGCGGCAGCGUUGAAAGCACUCAACCUCAUGCCUGGCCCAAGAGACGGAGCAAAGUCAAUGAGCUUGUAUGGAUUGCUCAACCACUGCAAAACACCCACGGGAAGCCGACUGCUCGCCCAGUGGCUGAAGCAGCCGCUGAUGAACGCAGCUGAGAUCGAACGGCGGCAGCAACUAGUUGAGGCGUUCGUCAACGACACUGAGUUGAGGCAGACGAUGCAGGAGGAGCACCUGCGCUCCAUCCCCGAUCUGUAUCGACUGGCGAAGAAGUUCCAACGCAAAGCUGCAAACCUGGAGGACGUUGUUCGGACAUACCAAGUCAUCAUCCGACUCCCCGGAUUCCUGAGCGCUCUUGAGUCGGUCAUGGACGAGCAGUACAAAGAUCCGCUGGACGCUGAGUAUACAACCAAGCUACGCCAGUACUCAAACGCAUUCGCGGGACUGCAGGAUAUGGUCGAAACUACAGUUGAUCUCGAUGCCCUUGACAACCACGAGUUCAUCAUCAAGCCCGAGUUCGACGAGGCCCUGCGCAUCAUUCGCAAACGUCUCGACAAGCUGAAGUCAGGCAUGGAGUCUGAACAUCGCAAAGUUUCGGAUGACCUCAACCAAGAACAGGACAAGAAGCUGUUUCUUGAGAACCACAAAGUGCAUGGCUGGUGUUUCAGAUUGACACGCAACGAAGCAGGCUGCAUUCGACAGAAGAAGCAGUACCAGGAAAUCUCGACACAGAAGAACGGCGUAUACUUCACGACAUCAUCCCUGCAAGGCAUGCGGAGAGAGUUCGACCAGUACUCCGAGAACUACAACCGCACUCAAUCAGGGCUAGUCAAUGAGGUCGUGACCGUUGCGUCUUCAUACGUCCCCGUUGUCGAGAAGCUCGCCGCCGUUCUCGCCCACCUCGAUGUCAUCGUUGCAUUCGCACACGUAUCUGUCCACGCACCAACAUCCUACACCCGGCCCACGAUGCACCCUCGUGGCACCGGCAACACCGUCCUCGUGGAAGCGCGACACCCGUGCAUGGAGAUGCAAGACGACAUAUCCUUCAUCACCAACGACGUCAGCCUGGUCCGCAACGAAAGCGAAUUCCUCAUCAUCACCGGCCCCAACAUGGGCGGCAAGUCGACCUACAUCCGCCAAAUCGGCGUCAUCGCCCUGAUGGCACAAAUCGGCUGCUUCGUCCCCUGCGCCUCCGCCGAGCUCACAAUCUUCGACUGCAUCCUCGCGCGUGUCGGCGCAAGCGACAGCCAAAUCAAAGGCGUAUCCACCUUCAUGGCCGAAAUGCUAGAAACAGCAAACAUCCUCAAAUCCGCAACAAAAGAAUCCCUCAUCAUCAUCGACGAACUCGGUCGCGGAACAAGCACAUACGAUGGUUUCGGCCUCGCCUGGGCUAUCUCGGAGUACAUCGUCAAGGAAAUCGGCGCCUUUGCCCUGUUCGCAACGCACUUCCACGAGCUCACCGCGCUGGUCGACACCUACCCGCAGGUCCAGAAUCUGCACGUCGUAGCCCAUAUUUCCGACUCGGAUGCCCGCUCCGGCGACGACGCGGCGCAGGCGCAGGCAAAGCGCGAAGUCACGCUCCUGUACAAAGUCGAGCCCGGCUUCUCGGACCAGUCCUUCGGCAUCCACGUCGCGGAGCUGGUGCGCUUCCCGCAGAAAGUCAUCAACAUGGCGAAACGGAAAGCGGAUGAGUUGGAGGAUUUCGCGGGGAAACACGAGGAGGGGUUUGUGCAUGCGAGUCAGGAUGAGGUCGAGGAGGGGAGCAGGCUGCUCAAGGAGAUGCUGGCGAAGUGGAAGGAGGAGGUGCAGAGUAAGGGGUUGACGAAGAAACAGCAGGUGGAGCGCAUGAAGGAGAUGGUUGGCGAGAAUCAGGCGUUGAAGGAGAAUGGCUUUUUCAAGGGGAUACAGGCGUUGUGAGUAGAAGUCGCACUGUUUUCCGGCGUACCAUAGGGGAUUAAGGCGUUGCAGACUGUACAAAAAGCGUG